AUGCCAGCACUUCCGGGGGCACUGGUGCAACGGACGAGCGUGGCUUUGAGUCAAGUCGGUGUAGCUGCAUCGCACGCCGAGCGAGACCUGGCGCAGACGGUCUCCUCGCUGCUUCGACGUGUGAAUAUACCGUUCAACAGCUCGAGUCCGGCUGGCUUGAUUGAAGCCAAUACGGUAGAUCCAUGGAACCAGAGCGGGAAGUAUGCGCUGGCAUACGUCUACUUCUGCAUACCUCUGCUGGUCUUCGCGGCGUCUAUGCGAUAUUAUCACUUGUUCACAGAUAAAAUCCGGACAGCACUGCACCAAGAAGAGGUAUUACAAUCCUCAACGACAUCCUCUCCCGACACAGACUACGAGCUGUCAGUACUUGAUACUGACAAGUCCACCAUGAAGUUCUUUCCCCGCGAAGGCCCGCUACCUAGCGCGCCCAAGACGCAAUCCAGUGUCUCUUCUGUUGGCCCGAUUAACAACCUGGUCGCCCUCUUCCGAUUCAUCUUUUAUCGACCGGUCCGCCAGAUCAGUAUCAAGAAAGGAUGGAGACCCAUUGUGUUCCCAUCGUUGAGCGUCAUCGUGGUUGUACUCUUAGCCCUGCUUGUGGGCGUUCUCUAUUGUACUGUUCCGCAGCCUCUGUUCUGGGAUAGCAUCGCCUAUGGAUCACCCCCCCUGGCUGUUCGAUCCGGCAUGAUGGCUGUCGCGUUACUGCCAUGGAUCAUUGCUCUUGCGACCAAAGCCAAUCUCAUAUCCAUGGUGACUGGUAUUAGCCAUGAGCGUCUGAAUGUCCUUCAUCGGUGGGCUGCUUACAUCUGCCUCAUUCUGAGUAUCUUGCAUACAGUACCUUUCUACAUCACUCCAGUCUGGGAGAAGGGUGCGCGAAAAAGCUUUGAGGCGUUGUUCCAACAGAGAGAGGGGUUGUACAUCUACGGCUCUGGCAUCGCUGCUCUCGUACCAUUAUGCUUUCUCUGCGGCCACUCGAUAGCGCCUCUCCGGCAUCGAAUGUACGAACUCUUUGUAGCGCUCCAUGUCCCUGUUGCUAUCGUCUUCCUCGGCAUGAUGUUCUGGCACUGCAACAACUACCUCACAUCAUGGCACUACCUUCUGUCAACAGUGGGCAUCUGGCUUCUCUCCUACUUUCUGCGACUCUUCUAUCUCAACUGGACUCGGCCUGCACGAAUCUCAUGGCUCAUUGGCGACGAAGCUGCUGUAACUCUGCUGCCAGAGAAUGCCAUCAAGAUAACCAUUCCCACUCAAAUGAAGUGGAGGCCUGGCCAAUAUGUCUACUUGCGCAUGCCUGGCAUCUCGGUCUUUGAAAAUCACCCAUUCACCAUCGCUUCUCUAUGUAGUGAAGACUUCCCUUCGGAAUAUGGUGAGGGCUACAAGGACAUGGUCCUAGUAUUCCGCCCAUUUGGAGGCUUCACCAAGAAGGUACUUCAAAAAGCUCUCGAGCAUGGCCCGUGGCAUACAUAUCGCGCUUUUGUAGAUGGUCCGUACGGAGGCAUGCAACGGCGUAUAGAAGCCUUUGACGAUGUUGUGCUUAUUGCAGGGGGUAGUGGUAUCACGGCCAUCGUCUCGCAGAUCCUGUCUCUCAUCAAGAAGAUGCGCGACGGCAAAGCAGUGACCAGGAAGAUUCACGUCAUCUGGGCACUCAAACGUCCGGAAACCAUGGAAUGGUUCAAGGAAGAGCUGCGAAUUUGCCGAGAAUAUGCGCCCCCGGAGUCAGUGCAAUGUCAGUUCUACAUAACAGCUGCGAAGCGGAACGCUGGUGGCGCACUCGUGAGCGCAAAAACGCCGACUCGUCCAGUAUCACUAUACUUUCAUGAUAAAGUUAAUGGCGCUUUUCAAAAUAUUGCCGACAAUCGACUUUCGGGUAUUUCGUCGAAGCGUCACUCGGCACUAAUCCGUGAUGAAGCGCAAGGCGAUCCAGAAAAGGAGUCUGAACUUCGUCGCGAGAAUGAAGAUAGCAUCACUGCGCUCCCACAAGCGCACAUGGUGCCCAUCAAUAAAGGCCACCUCGCGCCCCCACGUCAAAGCUACCAGAGUAGCUGGCAUUCAGAGUCAUCGGACAACUCGAAUCCCGAUGUUAUUGCUCCAGUACCUCAAGGAUUUGGCGCUCGACGCCAACAGCGAAACCUCUCGCUCGACAUUUCGCAGGCAGUGUCCGCAGGCUCUGGCGCCAUCAACCCAGGAAUCUCGCAAGAUCCGGGUGAAGCUGGGGCGGGCUUUGACUUUGGAUUCCCCUCGACACCCACUGAAUUCCAAAAGAACCUGAUGCGUUUUGCGUUUUUACCCGCCGCCGUCAAGAAGAAGGAUGGUUGGAGUACCGAGUAUGGACGUCCGGAUAUACCGUAUCUGCUUCGGGCUUUGAGCAAGGACUUUGGUAGGCGGACGUGCGUCUUUGUAUGUGGUCCGCCCACGAUGCGCAUCAGUGUCAGUGAGACAGUUGCAGAUCUCCAGCGAUCCGUAUGGAGUAAGAGUGAUCGUGAUGAGAUCUUCCUGCACACGGAAAACUAUGCGUUGUAG